CAGCCACAGGGUUCCUUAUCAGGCGAGCUGACUAUACGUAUACGUACACGUCUUCUUUCGCAUGAGACUGCAUCAGUGUUUGUAUUCUACCUAGGAUUCUACUCGUUUGUAUGAUUCUACCAUAAGGGAAUCCUAACCUCGUGUCGAAGCUUCUUGGUCAAACUGCGCGCACGUGUUCGAUUUGCGAUCGUUAACAUUCGGUUGAAAACAGAGGAAAAUUAUUGUCAUUAGUUAAUCGAGAUAUUACCGUAACAUGGCAAAAUUCUGCCUGAAAAAAGGUAGUAAAAGGGUGUCUGCACGACAGAGAUACAAGAUUGAGAAGAAGGUACGAGAACAUAAUCGUAAGGUCAGAAAAGAAGCAAAGAAGAAUCCCAAGAGCAAACGAAAGACAAAUACAAUACAAGUUCCAAAUUCAUGUCCAUUCAAGGAGGAUGUUAUGAAAGAAGUGGAGGCUUUAAAAAAGCAACGAGAAGAAGAGAAACAGAAGCUACGCGAGGCUGCACGAGAAAAAAAACUUGCAGAUAAGAAAGGUAACUUGGAGGGGCUGGUCACAAAAGCUCAAAAUAAACAAAUACAACACGAUGCACAAGUGACGCAAACACCCAAUAGUGAAUUUGGACAGAAGCCUGUUAAAAAAGAAGAAAAUUCCCUCAAGGCUCAUUACAAAGAGUUCAAGAAAGUAUUAGAUGCUGCUGAUGUUAUCCUGGAAGUUGUAGAUGCUAGAGAUCCUUUGGGAACUAGGUGCAAGCAGGUAGAAGAGGCGGUGCAAAGUGCAAAAGGAAACAAAAGACUGGUGCUGAUUUUGAAUAAGGCCGAUUUGGUGCCAAGAGACAAUUUGGAUCAGUGGCUGAAAUAUUUACGCCAAAGUUUACCGGCGUUAGCAUUUAAAUCCUCCACGCAGGAUCAGUCAAAAAGACUUGGUAGAAAAAAGCUUGGCAAAAAAACCGAGGACUUAAUACAAGGGGGCGUAUGCUUUGGUGCCGAAUUACUGUUAUCUUUGUUGGCCAAUUACUGCAGAAACAGUGGUACAGUAAAGACCAGUAUACGUGUUGGAGUGGUAGGGCUACCAAAUGUUGGAAAGUCCAGCGUUAUUAACUCUCUGAAGAGGAGUAGAGCAUGUAAUGUGGGAAAUACGCCAGGUGUCACAAAAAGCAUUCAGGCGGUACAACUUGACUCGAAAAUUAAGCUUCUCGACUCCCCUGGAAUAGUCUUUGCAAAUCCUCAGCAGAAAGACUCUGAUGAUUCGUCAGUUGCUCUUAAAAAUGCUGUUCGAAUCGAAGCUCUGCAAGAUCCAUUUACCCCAGCUUCAGCAAUAUUGAAGCGUGUAUCAAAGAAACAUAUGAUGGAGUUAUAUGAUAUCCUUGAGUACUCAACCCCAGACGAAUUUUUUGCAAUGAAAGCGGCGAGGAUGGGCAAGUUCAAAAAAGGGGGAGUACCGAAUGCAACGGCAGCGGCACGGGGAUUAUUAGCUGAUUGGAACUCUGGAAAAAUUCGGUAUUAUACGAUCCCUCCGGAAGACUCGACCUCCCAAUUAUCUGCUGAAAUUGUAGAGCAGUUUGCAAAAGAAUUUAAUAUUGAAAGUUUUGCAACCGAGGAAGCCGUAAUGUUAGACAAUGUCGUGGCAGAAGCAGCAAAAGAAAAUACAACUGAAACUGUCAUUUAUGAUAGUUCGGGUCCUGUUGAUUCAGCUAUGGAAAUUGAAAUACAAGGAAAAAAAACGCAACAAAAAGUCGCUGUACGACCAGUAGACAAAAUUAAGAAAGGCAAGAAGGGAGAGGCUAAGACGACGGGAAUAGAACCUAGAAAAAAGAAGGUGGAACCACUAUUCGAAAUCGAAGGCAAUCAGAGAUUGAACAAACUAAGCAAGUUACAAUUUAAAAAAGAUAAAAAGGAACGCGCUAAGAGAGAAAAAUUAGCUGAGGGAUUAGCUGGAGUGUUGGAAGAUAUCAGUAUCACAACCACAGAUGACUAUGACUUCGCGACAGAUUUCAACAUGAAUUGAAUAUGUCAUGGCAAACGCUAAGAAACUGGAAAUAAAUUUUUUGUAUCCGCAAAA